CGAGGGCGGGAGCGGCGGGGGCGCGCCGGCGCGGGGCCGGUCCUGCUUCCCCGGGUCGCCGGCUGACGCGCGCCGCAGUCAGAGCCCCAGACGCGCGGGCGCAGGGACGCGGGGCCGCCGGAGGCGACAGCUUCCCCACGAACGGAGGACAUCCGCGCUGCGGGCUCUCCGGCCCCCGCUCCGGGCUGAGCGGCGGGCACCGCGGACGAACGAAUCUUUGUGAUACUCUUCUUCAGCAGCCCCCACCCUUGUUUGCUGAAGACUUUCACCAAAGCUGCUGUCAGCUAUUGGCAUCAUCCUGAGAAAAAGACAGCUUCAAAAAUCAGUGAAACCUUCAGGAAACCCUUGGCCCAGCAGAUCUUCCAAAGAGCAAUAUUGAGAAGACAUUUGGUUUUAAGUAUUAAAAAGAAGAACAACGUAUUCAGACCUUCAAAGUUUCCUGCAUGAAAAUUAUUGAGACAUUGCACACAAAUCUUUUGUGAAAGAAGAAAAGGAAAUUCAGCUUGUGGGUCUCAGCAGGAGUUAAGCUAAUGCAGCUGAAAAUAAUGCCGAAAAAGAAGCGCUUAUCUGCAGGCAGAGUGCCCCUGAUUCUCUUCCUGUGCCAGAUGAUUAGUGCACUGGAUGUGCCUCUUGAUUUGGUACAACCUCCAACCAUCACUCAACAGUCUCCAAAAGAUUACAUUAUUGACCCUCGAGAGAACAUUGUAAUCCAAUGCGAGGCCAAAGGGAAACCUCCUCCCAGCUUCUCCUGGACCCGAAAUGGUACUCAUUUUGACAUAGAUAAAGACCCUCUCGUCACCAUGAAGGCUGGCUCAGGAACCCUCAUAAUUAACAUUAUGAGCGAAGGGAAAGCGGAGACCUAUGAAGGAGUCUAUCAGUGUACAGCCAGGAACGAACGUGGAGCUGCAAUUUCUAAUAACAUUGUUGUUCGUCCAUCCAGGUCACCGUUGUGGACCAAAGAAAAACUUGAACCAAUAACACUUCGAAGUGGCCAGUCUUUGGUACUUCCCUGCAGACCUCCGAUUGGAUUACCACCAGCUAUAAUAUUCUGGAUGGAUAAUUCCUUUCAAAGACUUCCACAGAGUGAGAGGGUUUCCCAGGGUCUGAAUGGAGACCUUUAUUUUUCCAAUGUUCUCCCAGAGGAUUCCCGCGAAGACUAUAUCUGUUACGCCAGAUUUAACCACACUCAAACCAUACAGCAGAAGCAACCUAUUUCUGUGAAGGUGAUUUUAGUGGAUGAAUUGAAUGACACUAUAGCAGCUAAUUUGAGUGACACUGAGGUUUAUGGUGCUAAAUCAAGUAGAGAGAGGCCACCAACAUUUUUAACUCCAGAAGGCAAUGCAAGUAACAAAGAGGAAUUAAGAGGAAAUGUUCUUUCGUUAGAAUGCAUUGCAGAAGGACUGCCUACGCCAAUUAUUUACUGGAUAAAAGAAGAUGGAACACUACCCAUCAACCGGACAUUUUACAGGAACUUUCAGAAAACUCUGCAGAUCAUUCAGGUUUCAGAAGCAGACUCGGGAAAGUACCAGUGUAUAGCCAAAAAUGCGUUAGGAGUCGUCCAUCACACCAUUUCUGUCACAGUAAAAGCGGCUCCAUACUGGAUCAUGGCACCUCAAAAUCUUGUGCUGUCCCCAGGAGAGGACGGGUCCCUGAUCUGCAGAGCUAACGGCAACCCCAAACCCAGAAUUAGCUGGUUAUCGAAUGGAGUCCCAAUAGAAAUUGCCCCUGAUGACCCCAGCAGAAAAAUAAGUGGAGAUACCAUUAUUUUUUCAAGUGUUCAAGAACGAUCCAGUGCCGUGUAUCAGUGCAAUGCCUCUAAUGAAUAUGGAUAUUUAUUGGGAAAUGCAUUUGUAAAUGUGCUGGCUGAGCCCCCACGCAUCCUUACAUCUGCAAACACACUCUAUCAGGUCAUCGCAAACAGGCCUGCUCUACUAGACUGUGCCUUCUUUGGGUCUCCUCUGCCUACCAUUGAGUGGUUCAAAGGAACUAAAGGUAGUGCUCUUCGUGAAGACACUUACGUUUUACAUGAAAAUGGAACUUUGGAAAUUCCUGUGGCCCAAAAGGACAGCACAGGAACGUAUACAUGUGUUGCAAGGAAUAAGUUAGGAAUGGCAAAAAAUGAAGUUCACUUAGAAAUCAAAGAUCCAACGAGGAUCGUUAAACAGCCUGAAUAUGCAGUUGUGCAAAGAGGCAGCACAGUGUCCUUUGAAUGCAAAGUGAAACACGAUCAUACCUUGAUCCCUACUGUCACCUGGCUGAAGGACAACGGUGAGCUGCCCAGUGAUGGAAGGUUCACUAUUGACAAGGACCAUUUGGUGGUAGCUGAUGUAAGUGAUAAUGAUGGUGGGACCUACACGUGUGUGGCCAACACAACUCUGGACAACGUUUCUGCCAGUGCUGUGCUCAGCGUUGUCGAUGUCCCAAAUCCUCCCUUUGAUCUAGAAUUGACAGAUCAACUCGACAAAAGUGUUCAGCUGUCAUGGACCCCAGGCGAUGACAACAACAGCCCUAUUACAAAAUUCAUCGUUGAAUAUGAAGAUGCAAUGCACGAGGCGGGGCUGUGGCACCACCAAACGGAAGUUCCGGGGACGCAGACCACAGCCCAGCUGAAGCUGUCUCCAUACGUGAACUACUCCUUCCGAGUGAUGGCAGAGAACAGCCUGGGGAGGAGCUUGCCCAGCGAGGCAUCUGAACAGUAUUUGACCAAAGCUGCAGAACCAGAUAAAAAUCCCAUGACUGUGGAAGGACUAGGAUCAGAGCCCGAUAAUUUGGUGAUUACGUGGCAGCCCUUGAAUGGUUUCGAAUCUAAUGGGCCAGGCCUUCAGUACAAAGUGAGCUGGCGCCAGAAAGAUGGUGAUGAUGAAUGGACAUCUGUGGUUGUGGCAAAUGUAUCCAAAUAUAUUGUCUCGGGCACACCAACCUUUGUUCCAUACCUGAUCAAGGUCCAGGCUCUGAAUGAUGUGGGGUUUGCUCCAGAGCCAGCUGUAGUUAUGGGACAUUCUGGAGAAGACCUCCCCAUGGUGGCUCCUGGGAAUGUGCAUGUGACCGUGGUGAACAGUACCUUAGCUGAGGUGCACUGGGACCCAGUGCCUCUGAAAAGUGUCCGAGGACACCUGCAAGGCUAUCGGAUUUACUACUGGACGGACCAGAAUUCAUCAAAAAGAAACAGACGCCACAUUGAGAAAAAGAUCCUCACUUUCCAGGGCAGCAAGACCCACGGCAUGCUGCCGGGGCUGGAGCCCUUCAGCCACUACACACUGAACGUCCGCGUGGUCAAUGGGAAAGGGGAGGGCCCGGCCAGCCCCGACCGAGUAUUUCAUACACCAGAAGGAGUUCCCAGUGCCCCGUCCUCCUUGAAGAUUGUUAACCCAACACUAGACUCUCUCACUUUGGAAUGGGAUCCACCAAGCCACCCGAAUGGCAUUUUGACUGAGUACACCUUAAAAUACCAGCCAAUUAACAGCACGCAUGAAUUAGGCCCACUGGUAGAUUUGAAAAUCCCUGCCAACAAGACACGUUGGACUUUAAAAAAUUUAAAUUUCAGCACUCGGUAUAAGUUUUAUUUCUAUGCACAAACAUCAGCAGGAUCAGGAAGUCAAAUAACAGAGGAAGCAGUAACAACAGUGGAUGAAGCUGGUAUUCUUCCACCUGAUGUAGGUGCAGGCAAAGUUCAAGCAGUAAAUCCCAGGAUCAGCAAACUUACUGUCGCAGCUGCUGAGACCUGUGCCAAUAUCAGUUGGGAAUAUGAGGGACCAGAGCAUGUCACCUUUUAUGUUGAAUAUGGUGUAGCCGGCAGCAAAGAAGAAUGGAGGAAAGAAAUUGUAAAUGGUUCUCGGAGCUUCUUUGGGUUAAAGGGUCUAAUGCCAGGAACAGCAUACAAAGUUCGAGUUGGUGCUGAGGGGGACUCUGGUUUUGUGAGUUCAGAGGAUGUGUUUGAGACAGGCCCAGCAAUGGCAAGCCGGCAGGUGGACAUCGCGACGCAAGGCUGGUUCAUUGGUCUCAUGUGUGCUGUCGCUCUGCUUAUCUUAAUUUUGUUGAUUGUUUGCUUCAUCAGACGAAACAAGGGUGGUAAAUAUCCAGUUAAAGAAAAGGAAGACGCCCACGCUGAUCCCGAAAUCCAGCCCAUGAAGGAAGACGAUGGCACGUUUGGAGAAUACAGUGAUGCAGAAGACCACAAGCCUUUGAAAAAAGGCAGCCGAACACCUUCAGACAGGACUGUGAAGAAAGAAGACAGUGAUGACAGCCUUGUGGACUAUGGAGAGGGAGUGAAUGGCCAGUUCAAUGAGGAUGGCUCCUUUAUUGGACAGUACAGCGGGAAGAAAGAGAAAGAGCCAGCUGAAGGCAACGAGAGCUCAGAGGCACCCUCUCCGGUCAACGCCAUGAAUUCCUUUGUUUAAUUUGUAAGCUCUUUGCCAAUAUCCCCUUCCUCUUAGAGGGUUUAUCUUAAGCACUUGUCAGUCAGCCUUCUCAUACUGUGAACAUAGAGGCAGAACGUAUAUAUUCUACUGUAUGUUAGCACUAUGAGAACAGUUAGAGCAAGAACAUAACUCAGUCAAAUGAUAUGUGACUGUGAACUGCAGUGCAAAGGGCAUACUUUUUCAUUCAAAAUAGGCAUUCUUGAUUUUCUCAGAACUGAGAAAAAUAAUCCACAGAUCAUGUUAUUUCCUCUUCAGGAUACAGUUCAAUAGGAUGCAUGAAAAAUGCUGCACAGUUCAAGGACAGACCUGUGUGUGCUAUUAAAACAUGGUUUGAUACUUUGUUUAUACUGUUCUCAGCUGAACCCCCUAAAUAUGAAUUCCGUUUUCAUUGUCAAGAGUGUUACUGUAGUAUUCUCUAGAACUUCAAUGUCUUUGUGGACAUUGUUGUGAAAUUGGUGACUCUGUGUCUAGCUGUUAGUCUUUUUGGGAGACUGUUAGGAACAGUAUGUACAGUAUAUACUUGCUAAAUGAGUUAAUCACGACCGUUGCAUUUGCUGAUGCUUACUGAGACUCUGUUACCUGCUCUUUGCUCUUGUUACCUCGUAGCCUUCUUAAUCUUCCAGGUAUUACAGCAGUACAGUGUUCCACUUUUUACAUCAUCUCUAUGUUCAGUUGUUUUUAGGCAUAAACAAGGUGUAUUGCAAUGCAUUCUGGCAUUUGUGCCAUACAGAAAGAAUCACAGACAAAUCACUCCCAUUCGAUUCCAAAACCUAUUCCAGAAAGCACAGGGCAAGACACAUGCAGUGCCUUCAGACAAGCAUUCCGUGACACACGGCCUUCUGCAUCGAAGGCACGGCUGACUCAGAGUCCUAGACUGCUGUCAUGGUCUAAAAGUAACUUUUAAACAACGGAGAUCAUGAAAACUCGCCAUGCUGGAAAAAAAGGAAAUGUGGAAAUAAAAUGAAUAAGACAACAUAUUUUAAGGAGCAUUUCCCCAUACGCAUAAAAAGAGAAACGUUAUCACCAACUGGAUCACAUGAUGAUUUUUUGAGGGGCGGGGAGUCUUUUAUAAUUUCGACUAAAACAAGUCCCAUUCAGUAAGAAAGAUGUCAACUUGGUGUAAAAUUUUAAAAACCACAAGUUAUUCCAAGACUAAAAGCAUACAACAGCAUGCCACCAGGAAUAUAUUAUUCUUAAGUCUUUACCUAUGUGGCAACUUUUUUAAACUCUCUGCAUUAAAAGACCUGUAUGCAAAUGGCUAUGGACACAUUUCAGAAUCUAAAAAACCGGGUAAGUGCUAACAAGGCCCAGAGUCAAGCGGAUUACUAUCUGCAGCUUCAAAACACCCAUAUAUAUGCUACCAUAUGUAUAAACAAUAUCUAUCAAAUGGUUUACCUCCACAUAGGAAAUUCUAUAACAACCUAUGGUUGAAGGAAUGCUCAGUUUCAUUUGCCAAUAAAUUGGUUUCUCAUAACUUGCAUCAAGUUUAAUUUUAAGUAAAGCUUUUUAUAUGUAGAUAUUUUGUUGAAUUUGUACAUACACUUAAAUGUAGAUGCUAUAUGCUUAUAGGUGUCACACACAAAUAAACAUGCAAACGUGUUUAUGUUGUACUGUAUACGAAGUUAGCUAAUUAAUACAGUGCAUGGGGUUGGAAAGCACUUCAAUACCUUUGGGUUUUUAUUUUCCUCUUUUGCUGUGAAACUGAACUAGUGAACUAUCCUACACACGGACAGCAAGUUUCUAGAUGAACUCUUCCGAGCUUUGCCCGUGGGGCUCAGUAACCUAGUCAUGUGGCAUCUUUGAUACAUGUGGGUAAAGCACAGUUUGAAGCCAUCCCAGGUAAAGAUGGCCCUGAAUACUUCUGUGUCUCCUUCUCUGAUUUUUCACAGAUCAGUCUUUCUAAUGGAACCAGGCUUGUCUUGGUAUCAGAGAGCACAAAGAUACAAGUUACUUUAAAUGUGCCAGUGUUUUGGGGGAAACAAUAAAAGUACAGGUUUGACUCUUCCGUAACGGUAGAUGCUAAAUUUAUCUGUGCAUGCAGGGGGCACUUCUGUAAUAGUGCAACAGGUUUUGUAUUAAAAGUUAAAUGUGGUUUUAAAAGCCCCUCUCUUUUGUAAUAUAUCAUGUUCCUAGUGGAGUGUGAGUGUCCGAUGGUAUAUGUAACGGUACAGGCAGGUACAACUGGAUUUUCAUCAAAAAGUAACUAUUAAACAGUUUUGAUCUCUUUGUGAUUUUUAACUUUUUCAAACAUACAUUUCCUAAUGUUUUAAAAUAGGGCAAAUUUUUAUUUUUGCUUUUAGAAGCACACUAUAU